AUGGCCGCGACGACCAAUUCUGCUGGCGCCGACACAGGUGGAACCCCACAUGUGGUCGAGGAAGGUUCCGGUCGCAAUGACAAUACUUUCGAAGACGCUUUCGCUGACGCCCAGUCUGACCGCGACUCUGAUCACUCUGACUAUGUCGCGAGCGGUCGCAAGAAGCGCAAGAGAAAGAGUGACAAAGCGCAGAAAGCAAAGCCAAAACCCUGGACCACCUUCGAAGGACCACCAGCCUUGCCUGCUCCCGAUCUCUCUGACAAUGAAUAUUGCCGCAACGAAGAGGUGAUUGCCGCAGAGUCAGAUGACGAUGGUCUCUGGUCUGUUUCGCGAUGCAGCAAGGGUGUGGCAUCGGCAAUGGAAAAGAAGAAAAAAGUUGCUCCUCACUUGUCCAUUCAGAUCACUGGCAACGAGAAAGCUAGGAAACUCAUCAGGAAGUUGGCAUCUGUUGUCAACGACGCGGGCAUGACGAACUUGACUUUGCCAAAUGCGUCCGCAGGCGAGAAGGCUGCUCCCAACAUGGACAACCCAGAAGACACCACACUUGGUCAGUCGGAGAAGACAGGCUUUUUCGACAUUAUCAGCCCUGAAAUACGUCUGCGAAUUUACAAGCAACUCUUCAAGUUGGACAAGCCAAUUGAAUUUGGGAAGAGUGACGUCUCAGCAUCAGCUCAGUUCCUGCGAACCUGCAAGCAGGCCCACGAAGAAGGCAGAGAAAUUCUCUAUGGCGAAAAUUCCUUCCACUUCACCCGUGACACUAGGACUCGAGGGAUGUUCUGGGACAACGUCUGGAAAGAGAUUGGCUACAAGGACAUCCGAAGAUUCCUCCAAGGCAUCGGUUCCGACAACAUUGCCUGCCUCAAACACAUCUCCUUCCAACUCACGGAUGCCCCAGAUAAUCGCACGCGAACAGUCCCUGGACAGAUUACAGACCGUAGAUUCGUCGAAGACCCUAUGCUUCAAGAGAUCUUCAACCUCAUUGGAGCUAACGCCACUCUCAAGACCCUUGCUCUCCAGUUUGCCGGUCGCGCCAUGGUCACCCAGUACGAUCGCCUUUUUCUGAGAGCUCUCACGGAGAUGAAGUGCUACAAACUCGUCAUCAUCAACCAGUUCUUCAACAGCACCCACAAAUGUGCUUACAAUCUCAAGGACAGAAUGAAGCAAGUCAUGUGGGUGAGAGACAAGAAGGGUAACAGAGUCAAGCUUGACGAAGCCAGAAAGCCCGUGAAGAUGGUGUAUUCCGUCGCACCAGCAGCGUCAUUGAUCGCCAGCUGGGAAGAGGUCCGCUAG